AUGCUGGCCGCCGGCUCCGGUAACGCGGCAAGCGAUGACCUGCUGAUCGAGGUACGCGACCUGCGCGUGGAGUUCCGGCUCACCGAAGGCCUGCUGCGCGCCGUGGACGGCGUCAGUUUCGAGGUGCGCAGCCACCAGACCCUGGGUGUGAUGGGCGAGUCGGGGUGCGGCAAGAGCGUGACCGCACGGGCCAUCAUGGGCAUCCUGCCGAUGCCGCCGGCCCGCAUCACCGGCACGAUCAACUACUACGAACAGGGGCAGCCCGUCGAUCUGGUGAGCCUGGAUCCCAAGGGCGACCAGUACCGCGACAUCCGCGGAAACCGGAUCAGCAUGAUCUUCCAGGAACCGAUGACCGCCCUCAGUCCGGUGCAUGCCGUCGGCAACCAGGUCGGCGAGGUGCUGCGGGUGCACCGGGGGAUGACCCGCAAAGAGGCGCGCGCGCAGACCGUCGACCUGCUGGACCGGGUGGGCAUCAGCGACCCCGAGCGGCGGGUCAAGCAGUACCCGUUCGAGUUGAGCGGCGGCAUGAACCAGCGGGCGAUGAUCGCCAUGGCGCUGGCAUGCCGGCCGAGGCUGCUCAUCGCCGACGAGCCCACCACCGGCCUGGACGUGACGAUCCAGGCGCAGAUCAUGAAGCUGAUCCAGGACCUGCAGGCGGAGUUCGGCAUGGCGGUGCUGUUCAUCACGCACGACCUGGGGUUGAUCGCGGAGAUGGCCGACACGGUGCUGACCAUGUACAUGGGGCAGAUCGUGGAGGCCGGCAGCGCCGAGCAGGUCUUCUACGGCCACACCCAUCCCUACACCGAGGGUCUGCUCAAGUCGAUUCCCAUCGUCGCUGCCCAGCAUCAUCGCCUGGCGCCGAUCCGCGGCAGCGUACCCAACCCCUUUGCCCAGCUCUCAGGCUGCCGGUUCCGCUACCGCUGCCACCGCUACAUCGGCGAGAUCUGCGACCAGGAUCCCCCGCACUUCGGUCCCGCUCCCGGCCACCUCACCAAGUGCUGGCUGCACAAGGCAGGUGGGCUGCACGAGACCGCCGGAGCGCCCCGAUGA